GCAUUGUGGGGCGGGAGAGGAGAGUCACUGCUCAGCCAGGGCCGCCAUCUUGGCUGCGUCCGGACUCGCUCCCGCUCCCGGGGCCUGUUCCUUUUUCUCGCAGCGCAAAGCGGUGGAAAGGGAGAAGACGAAGGGCCCGCCAGGGCGGUGCUGAUGCGCGCAGAGCCUCCUCGCACCUCUCCCGAGCGCCGCUAGCAAAGGGGGCGGGGGUGGUCAAGCGGUCGCCGGCGCGGCCUCUUCUCUCCUCUGCCGGGAUGGGUCGGUCCCGCAGCCGGAGCUCGUCCCGCUCCAAGCACACCAAGAGCUCCAAGCACAACAAGAAGAACCGGAGCCGAUCGCGGUCCCGUUCCCGAGAAAAGGAGCGGGCAAGGAAGCGCUCCAAGUCCCGGGAGAGCAAGCGGAACCGGCGCCGGGAGUCCCGCUCCCGCUCGCGCUCCAAUACGGCCCCCUCCUCCCGGCGCGACCGGGACCGGGACCGCGACCGCGCCUCCUCCCCCCCGGACCGUAUCGACAUCUUCGGGCGCACGGUGAGCAAGCGCAGCAGCCUGGAUGAGAAACAGAAGCGGGAGGAGGAGGAGAAAAAAGCGGAGUUCGAGCGGCAGCGGAAAAUUCGUCAACAAGAAAUUGAAGAGAAACUCAUAGAGGAAGAAACUGCUCGAAGGGUGGAAGAACUUGUAGCUAAACGCGUAGAAGAAGAGUUGGAGAAAAGAAAGGAUGAGAUUGAGCGAGAGGUUCUCCGCAGGGUGGAGGAGGCUAAGCGCAUCAUGGAAAAACAGUUGCUCGAAGAACUCGAGCGACAGCGACAAGCUGAACUUGCAGCACAAAAAGCCAGAGAGGAAGAAGAGCGUGCAAAGCGUGAGGAACUAGAGCGAAUACUAGAAGAGAAUAAUCGAAAAAUUGCAGAAGCACAAGCUAAACUGGCUGAAGAACAAUUGAAAAUUGUUGAAGAACAAAGAAAGAUUCAUGAGGAGAGGAUGAAACUAGAACAAGAGAGACAGCGUCAGCAAAAGGAAGAGCAAAAAAUUAUCCUGGGCAAAGGAAAGUCUAGGCCAAAACUGUCCUUCUCCCUAAAAAGCCAGGAUUAAAUUUCAACUCUGAACUCCUAAAAGAAAAAAGAAACAAACAAAAAACAACAAAAAAAGGAAAAACAAACUUUGUAUGGUAGCUUCAUGUUGAAGUGGUUUUUUUGUUUUUUUUUUCUUUCUCUCAAAUUUUUUUUGUCUUUUUUUGAAAGUUGGAAAGUUAGCUUGUUCUAAUAGGGGCUGUGCUCUGCAAUUCUUAUUUUUUUUAAACUUCCAUUAAGUUAAACCCUUAUCAGAUCAUCGUUCCCUUUUAGAGGAUAAUCUGUUUUCAUCAAUUUUGUUUGUGUAUUGGUGUUCUGAAGCAACUCAUGUCACUUUAUGAACUGUGGAUGAUCUGAUAAGGUUUUACUGACCUACUCAUCAGAGUUUGACUCUGAUAAUUGACAGAACUUUUUACUGGGUAUUGCUGACUUUUAAUGUUUUUAUUUUAAAGUCAGUAAAUACAUGAGUAAAUUGCCAUAGUAUUACUGGACCUCUGUGGUUUAUUGUUAAAUCAGUGUCCUAUGAUACUGUCCCGUUGUUGCGCUUGAUGUUCCUGAUACAGGUAAGGAAAUAGUUUGUCAUUUCUGCUAUGAAUACAUAGAGAGAGUUCAGUAUUGUCUCUGUUAGAUUUGUUUUUAUUACAUUGACAGCAUUCAACCAGCGUUCCCCAUUGUGUAAAUAAAUCAAUUUGCUGAAUAAAGUGAAAGUCUUAAAUUCA